GGACAUGAUGAAAGUGAACAAAGCAACCGAAAGGGAAAUUACCUGUCAUGUUUAGAGUAUUUGAGUGAAUACGAUGAAUUUUUAAAAUUACAUUUAGAAAAAUAUGGUCACCAAGGCCGUGGAAAUGUAAAUUACUUGUCGCAUCACAUUUGCGAUGAAUUUUUAGAAAUAAUAAGUAAAAACAUAGAGAACAAAAUAGUUGAAGAUGUAAAAUCAGCUACAUACUACAGUAUUAUAAUAGAUUCUACUCCGGAUAUAGCUCACAUAGAUCAACUUACUUUCAUAUUAAGGUAUGUUGCAUCGAGUGGAAAAGUAGUAGAACGAUUUUUGGGAUUUAUUCCAAUUGAUAGGCAUAAUGCUGCCUAUCUCGAAAAAGAAGUUUUAAAUAAACUCAAUACAUUAGGAUUAAAUAUUUCUAAUUGUCGAGGCCAAUCAUUUGAUAAUGCGUCAAACAUGGCUGGCAAAUACUCAGGAUUACAAGCUCGCAUUAAACAAUAUGGUGCAAGUGCAGUGUUUAUCCCCUGCGCUAAUCAUUCCUUAAAUCUAGUAGCCAAUUUCGCGGCCGAAAAUUGUAAAAACGCUGUACACUAUUUCAAUUUUUUACAAAAAUUGUACAACUUUUUUUCCUCUUCAACCCACCGAUGGAAAAUUUUAACUGAGUGCUUAAAAAUGAAUGAAACACCUGUGUUUUUGAAACGAUGCUCAGCUACCAGGUGGUCUGCCAGAGCAGAUGCAGUUUUGGCAAUAAAAGUGGGUUUUAAAAAUAUUAAAGAAGCACUGUCUAAAAUUUGUGAUGAUAAAGACGAAAAACUAGCCACAUUAGACGAGGCAAAUGCUCUUCUUAAACAAAUCACAAAGCAUGAAACUGCUCUGAUGACUGCGAUAUGGAACCCUCUUCUGCAAAGGAUAAAUGCUACCAGUAAAUCACUUCAGACCGUUGAAUGUGAACUACUGAAAGGCGCGGCAUUAAUGAAUUCAUUGGUUAAAUUCAUUGAUCAUUUUAGAGCGGAUUUUGCAAAUGUUGAAGAAGGAGCUAAAGAGCUAUCUGAUUUGUCUUCAUUUGUUUCCGAAGAAAAGCGUGUGCGCAAAAGGAAACUUUUCCAUGAGGAAACUCGAGAAAAUGAACAUCAGUUUUGUACUGCAAGAGACGAAUUUAUAGUGAAUUCGUUUUACGUUAUAUGUGAUAACUUUAAAGCACAGAUAACACAAAGGGCUGAAAAAUAUGAAUCAAUUUUAGAGCCAUUCAAAGUUUUUUACGAUUGGAAUUUGUCACUAGAAAAUAGAAAAAAAUAUCUUAAUAUUCUGUUAGAAAUUUACAAAAAUGAUAUUGAUGCUAACAAUUUGCAGGACGAAUUAGAUCAAUUUUUAAUCUUUCUAAAAGACAAUACAGAGUUAAGCGAGGCAUGUGUAGAUGAUAACAAGGAAAUGAAUGUUAAAGUUGAGUUGCGAACUAUCUAUACAAUAGCUAAAGACAUGUCAUGCACGUUUCCAAACAUGGAGACGUUAUUGAAAAUUUUUCUAACUAUUCCAAUUUCCAACGCAUCAGGGGAAAGAUCUUUUUCCGUUUUAAAACGAGUUAAAAAUUAUUUGCGAAAUUCAAUGGGUGAAAGUAAAUUGAACAGUUUAGCAAUGUUGUACAUCGAACAAGAUUUAAUGGACGAACUAGACACGGAAAAAAUUAUGGAAGAAUUUGCCAGAAAGAAGAGUAGAAGAAAACACUUGUAAGAUAAAUACAUAGAUUUUAGUUAUGUUUAUAAAUGUAUGUACUAGCUUAGAUAUUUUUUUAUCAUCUAUUAUGCCAUUUUAAGUUUAUGCAUCCUAGAAUAGUGCUGCAAUAAUUGGUUGAUUUACAAAUUUAUGUAUACAUUUACUUUAUUUUACUAUUUUUCACCAUACGUUUUUAUCAGGUGGGCUAAAAAUAUUAUUCCGUACAUUACACAUUUGAAUAUUUGAUAACUAUAUUUGAAAAGAUUUUUUUUGCCAGCUUCUGUUAAUCAUCGUUCAAUUAUCAGCUUUUUCGAAAUAAAACAAAAAAAAAGAGAAGGUGAAUGUUGAUGUUAUUUAUUUGUUCUCUUAGAACGCUCUGGCCUAAUUGCGAUUUGAAAGAUACAUUUUGUCAGUCUUGAAUGUAUUUUAAUUUCUGUCGAGUAUUUCCAUUCCAUUCGAAUUAUUUUCAACGCUUCCAUAUAAUUUUCGAUACUAGAUAACCAUGCAAGCUUUUAAAUUCUGCCGUAAACCUUAUCAAAGUUUUCAGCACUUUGAACGAUUUUUUUUCUAGUGCAUUUCUUUGACAUGUCUGACAUGAUACAUGUGUAAAAAAUUUCGUACUUGCGAGUUUGACCCGCUGCAUCUUGGUUACAGGUUUGGUAACUUAAAGAAAGUAAAAUAUCAGAAAAGCAUACACUGUAUUUCCGUCCAUACAACAAGUUUAUCUGUAUUUAAACUAAUAAACGAUUAGCAAUACGGCCAGGCCGUUCUUUAUGAAUAAAAAAACUAAUAAACGAUUUAAGCAUAUUACAAAAUGUAAGCUACCUAUGUUUUACACCGUUUUCGAGCCCAAGUAUACAUUCUUCAGCUGCAUCUAAACACUGUUCAACCGUAAGUAAACAUUUGACGUCCAACUGAAAUGCUGUUGCCUAUCUGAACAUUGUUCAAACGCAGCUAAACAUUUAUCAAUCGCAACUAAACGUCUAUGUCUAUUUUCAUUUUAAUGUUCCUUGCAAAUCAGAGCAACAUAACGGAAUUGAACCUGUGUCAUGUAAACGUAUCCGCUUGGAGGUGUCAAACGUUUAGUUGCGUUUGAUAAAUGUUUAGUUGCGUUUGAACAAUGUUCAGAUAGGCAACAGCAUUUCAAUUGAACGUCAAAUGUUUACUUACGGUUGAACA